UAAACUAAUCUAAAAAAAGGAAAAAUGUCGUAGUUUCUAUGCGAAAUCAAAGGCUUUCCUCUGUUUACUCUCUUUCGUUCUCUGCUCAUUCUGAAAAUGGAUCUCUAACGCACUUUCUCCUCCAUUUUGUUUUUUUUUUCUUUCCUUUCUUCCGUUUUCUGCUUCGCGAUACAAAACGCUGCGUUUGGUUCAGACCGAAGCUUUGCAUUUUCCUGGUAAUGCUUUUUCAUAUUCAUUUCUGGUUACUUAUUGUAUUUAUGUGAAAUUCUGAAUUAUCGGAUCUUGUUUACGUCUUCGACUGUGGAUGGUUUCGAUUUGGAUCUCGAAGGUUGGGAAUUGUAGGUGGUGAAAUCAGGGAUUGUGUUUACGUAGUUUAUUUUUUAUUUUUUAUUAUUAUGUUGAUUUUUUGUGUUUACCGGCGAAUUGUAUGUGGUGUGAUUGAGAAGGAUUAGGGUUUUGGUGUGAUGGCUUCGAAUCCUCCAUUUCAUGUGGAGGAUCAGGAUGAUGAGGAUUUCUUUGAUAAAUUGGUUGAGGAUGAGGGGGGGGAUGUGAAGCCUGGUCGUUAUGAUGAAGGCAAUCAUUCUGAUGGGAUUGGUGAUGAUGCUGAUGCUAAUUUUAAUGGUUCUUCGUUUGGGAGUUCAAAUGGUGGAGGAAGUGGGAUUGAGGUGAAAGAGGAAGAUGAAGAGAAGGAGGGUGGUGUGAAAUUGGAUGGUGGAAAUGUACAAGAGGGGAGUUUUUUGGCGUCUUCUAGUACGUUUGGAUGUGAUGGUACGGCGGAUCAUGGUGAUCGUGGGAUGGAAUCGGGGAAUUCGUCAGGUUCGAGUGGUGACAAGAGCACUGAAUUCCCUAGUACAGACGUUAAGGUGGUGGGUUGGAAUGCAUUUUGUGCUGAUUCAAAUGGAGGUGUUGGGUCUGAAUCUUUUUCUGACUUUUUUAACGAAUUCGGAGAUGUGAGUGGUAAAGCAUAUCACGAUUCUAAUGCUGGCGUGAAACCACCAGAAGAUCAAUAUAGGUCAGCAUAUCAUCCUGACUCGAAUACUUUGACAAAACCGAGUGAUGGCUUGAAUGCAUCGGUUGAUUAUACACAAUAUCAAGGGGGUCAAGGUUAUGGCGCAUCUGUUGAAAAUAGCACAAGUGGGGAAGACGUAAAUAGCAGUCAGUAUUGGGAGAGUCUUUAUCCUGGCUGGAAGUAUGAUCACAAUACUGGGCAAUGGUAUCAAAUCGAUGACCAAAAUGAAACAGCCAUUACUCAGGGAAGCUCAGAAGUCAAUACAGCUGUGGGUUGGAAUGCUGCUUCUGAUACUAAAGCAGAGGUCUCUUACAUGCAGCAAGCUGCUCAGUCUGUUGCUGGAAGUUUAGCUGAAUCUGGCACAACUGAAACGGCCCCAAGCUGGAAUCAGGUGUCACAAGGGAAUAGUGGGUAUCCAGAACACAUGGUUUUUGAUCCUCAGUACCCUGGUUGGUAUUAUGACACAAUUGCCCAAGAAUGGCUCUCGUUAGCGACUUACAAUGCAUCUGUUCAAUCUUCUGUUCAGGGACAUAAAAAUGGACAUCCGUCUACUGGUACAUUUUCGCAUAAUGAUAACAAUUCGUAUACAAAUUAUGGUCAGGCUGGCUAUUAUGGGUCACAAGGUGCUGGUAACCAAGCUGCAAAUAACAAUUGGAGUGGUUCAUAUGGUAUUCAUCAUCAGCAGGGUUUGGACACGCACACAACUGGCACUGCUACUAAAAGUGGGAAUGGUGCAACUUACGGUGGAGACCAGCAGUUUGAUCAUUCAUUUGGUUCUAGUAUUUCUGGCAGCAAAGAUCUACAAAAUGCAUCUAGCUCAUUUGGAUCAGUUUCAUUGUAUAAUAAAAUUAACCAUGAUCACAGUUUGGCUAAUGGAACUGUUGAACCACAAUGCUUUGCCCCUAGUGGGAACUUUGGUCAACAUUUUAAUCAUUCAAAUACACAGUUUGAUGAACAAAAAAAUUUCUCAAACAAUUAUGCUGCUGAAAGUCAACAGCCCAUUGGUUACUCCAAUCAAUCAUUACAUGGUGGACAACAACAUUCUUAUGCCCCUCAUGUUGGAAGAUCAUCUUCUGGGCGUCCUGCUCAUGCCUUGGUUACCUUUGGAUUUGGUGGAAAACUCAUAAUAAUGAAAGAUUCUAGUCUUUUGAGCUCAACAUAUGGAAGUCAGAGUGUCGUACAGGGCUCUGUUUCUGUGUUAAACUUGCUGGAAGUUGUCUCAGGAAGUAUUAGUUCUUCCCAUAUUGGAAAUGGUGCUGGUGAUUAUUUUCGUGCUCUGGGGCAGCAAUCUGUCCCAGGUCCAUUGGUUGGUGGGAGUGUGGGAAGUAAAGAGUUGAACAAAUGGAUAGAUGAGAGGAUUGCACACUGCGGAUCUCCUGACAUGGAUUAUAAGAAAAGUGAAAGAAUGAGACUCCUUCUCUCCUUGCUUAAAAUAGCUAGUCAGUAUUAUGGAAAACUACGCUCUCCUUUUGGCACGGACAACAUACUAAAAGAAAAUGAUAGUCCUGGGUCAGCAGUUGCCAAGCUUUUUGCAUCUGUCAAGAUGAGUAGUAAGGAGUAUGGUGUACCGAGCCACUGUCUGCAUAAUAUGCCUUCUGAAGCACAAAUGCGGGCAACGGCUUCUGAGGUACAGAAUCUUCUUGUCUCUGGCAAAAAGAAGGAAGCUUUGCAAUAUGCCCAAGAAGGUCAAUUGUGGGGACCUGCACUUGUUCUUGCUUCACAACUUGGUGAAAAGUUCUAUGUUGAUACUGUGAAGCAAAUGGCACUUCGUCAACUAGUUGCAGGGUCUCCUCUGCGCACAUUAUGCCUUCUAAUUGCUGGACAACCAGCUGAAGUUUUCUCGUCCGACAGUUCAAAUAGUGGGGACCCUAGUGCUUUUAACAUGCCUCAGCAUCCUGCACAGCUUCAGUUUGGAUCUAAUGGCAUGCUCGACGAUUGGGAGGAGAAUUUGGCUGUAAUAACUGCGAACAGAACCAAAGAUGAUGAGCUUGUAAUUAUUCAUCUUGGUGAUUGCUUGUGGAAGGAAAGAAGUGAGAUCACUGCCGCACACAUCUGCUAUUUAGUUGCUGAAGCAAACUUUGAGUCAUACUCAGACAGUGCAAGGCUUUGUCUUAUAGGAGCUGAUCACUGGAAAUUUCCACGAACUUAUGCUAGUCCAGAGGCUAUCCAGAGGACUGAGUUAUACGAAUAUUCGAAGGUGCUUGGAAACUCUCAGUUUGUUUUGCUUCCGUUUCAGCCGUAUAAACUUCUAUAUGCAUAUAUGCUAGCUGAAGUGGGAAAGGUUUCAGACUCGUUGAAGUACUGCCAAGCAGUGCUGAAAUCCUUAAAAACUGGCCGCGCACCAGAAGUUGAAACAUGGAAACAAAUGCUAUCCUCUCUAGAGGAGAGGAUUAGAACCCACCAACAGGGUGGGUAUGCUGCAAAUUUGGCUCCUGGCAAAUUAGUGGGCAAAUUGCUGAACUUUUUUGAUAGUACCGCGCAUCGAGUCGUUGGUGGUUUGCCACCACCUGCUCCAUCAUCAUCACAAGGAACUGUUCAUGGAAAUGAACAGAAUUAUCAACAUGUGGCACAUAGAGUGUCCAAUAGCCAAUCAACAAUGGCAAUGUCAUCCUUAGUUCCAUCUGAUUCAAUGGAACCCAUCAGUGAGUGGACAGCUGACAAUAAUAGAAUGACAAAACCUAAUAGAAGUGUUUCAGAGCCAGACUUUGGUAGAAGCCCCCGACAGGAAACCUCACAUGACGAACAAGGAAAGGUGUCAGGGGGUACAUCUCGUGUUUCACGUUUUAGUUUUGGCUCACAACUUUUGCAAAAGACAAUGGGUCUAGUCUUGAAACCUCGCCCUGGGAAACAGGUAUUUAUUAGUUCCUUUAUAUUGUUUUAUUUCCAUUUUUCCUUCAACUAUUCCAAUUCAAGGGUAUAUCUGUUGUACUAUAUGAAGGCUAAAUUGGGUGAAAAGAACAAGUUCUAUUAUGAUGAAAACUUGAAAAGAUGGGUAGAGGAAGGCGCUGCACCUCCAGCUGAAGAAACUGCACUGCCACCACCUCCAAAAAGUGCAGCUUUCCAGAAUGGUUUAACUGAUUACAAUUUGAAAUCUGCAUUGAAGACAGAUGGAUCACCUUCUAAAGAGGGCUUUGACUUAAAAACUUCAAAUCCUGAAAUUACUCCAGGGAUCCCACCUAUACCACAUAGUACAAAUCAUUUCUCUGCUCGUGGCCGCGUUGGUGUUCGAUCAAGGUAUGUUGACACCUUCAACCGUGGUGGUGGAAAAUCUGCAAACCUGUUUCAGUCACCAUCUGUUCCAUCUACCAAACCUGCUGUUGCUGCCAAUGCCAAGUUUUUUAUACCUGCUCCCUUGCCAUCAUCAAAAGAGCAGACAAUGGAGGCUAUAGAAGAAAACAAUCAAGAAGAUAAUUUUGCUUACGAAAAUACUUCAACAUCUUAUAGGAAUAAUUGGCCUUUAUCAGCAUCACCAACUGUCUGGCAAAGGUGUCCAAGUGUGGGCAACUUCGCAAACCAUGGAGCAGUGGUGAAUGACAGUAACAGUCAAACUCCUCACUCACGGCGGACAGCUUCAUGGGGUGGGAGUACUGACGAAUCAUUUAGUCCCACAAAUAUGUGUGAAACUAUGCCUCUGGGGGAAGCAUUGGGAAUGCCACCAUCAACAUAUAUGUCUGACGAUAUUUCUCUGAGGCAUACACCUCACAUGAGGAGUUGUAGUUUCGGAGAAGAUCUUCACGAGGUUGAUCUUUGAGCAGAUGAUUAAGCUGUAAAUACCAAAUUUUGUUUAUAGUCAUCACUCAUCAGAGUGGUUGGGAAGCCUGCAUCAUUCUUCUCAUGCCCGGAAUGCUGGUACACAUCAGGUGAAUUUCAUGAAGAAGGAAAAGACAUAUCCAUUGGCCAGUUUUUCGCCCCACCCCUUGUUUUGCUUUAAAUGAAAAGGGAGUUGGCACUGGCCACCAUCUAAGGCUGGAGGUCAAGGAAGGAGCUGGUGUUCUUUUAGCAAGGAAUAUACCACUUAUCUAUAUAGUACCACUCAUUUGUUCAUUCUAUUAAACAAGAAAACACUGUUCCUCGAGGAAAAGAGGCCUCAACAUAUCUAGGACAAAAGAGUAGUUUAUAGAAUGUGAAAUAUAAGUUUUGUCCCUCUUGUAAUUGUUUCAGUUAUGAAAUGGAGUUUAAGUUACAAACUAGAGUCUUCUUUCUUGAUUUGAAGUGAUAGUUUAGAUAUCAAGUUAUUUUACAUUUAUACACUGUAAUUUAUAUUUAUAGUUUUUCAUUGAAAGUUUUCUA